AUGAAGAGCACCUCGGCUCUGGGCGUGAAGCGGUGGAUGAUUUCCAAACUCAACCCUCCACUGCCCCAAACGCCUCGAGAGUCUCAGCAGCUGUUGUCGGCAUUGACUUCUUCGUUCCGUCGCCAACUCGAUGCUGCAGACACCAACUCGGCUGCUCAAUCCACAAACCAACACCUGCAGACUAUCUUGCAGAAUCCUCUCUUUCGCGUCGUUCCCUCCAAGCCGUCCUAUCCUCCAUUGGGGUUACAAGACGAAAAUGCGAGUCGGAAAAAGAAAAUGGCGGAAGCCCCAAUGGCUUUUUUCGAUGAUCUUGCCGCAGCUGGCAUGCUUGGAUUCAAUGAUGUCCGCGAUUGUCUGAAGGCUCAGUUAGCUUUGUUCGAUAUGGCGUCGAGAGACGUGCGAGACCAGAUGAAAAAUACAGGCGCGGGGAAGAAAGUGAUUGAGUGGUUCUGGACAUCAGAUUCUUUUGCACGUUUUGCCUUAUUCAAAUAUACUAACAUAUUUGAGUGCGCUGUCGGGUUCAUGGUGGCGGAAGGCCUUCAUGACCAGAUCAACUCCCUUAUCCGAGAACUGGGUCGACUCGCCGCUCGCCAGACGAAUAUGAGCGAAGAAAAUAGAAGGCGAUUGUUUGGUAAAGUUUUCCGCCAUUACAUUAAUGCCGACAUCCACUAUGGCAAGGGGCUUACUGCCGCCUUGCAGACGUUCAAUAUGUUCUGCUCCGUGACGAAACCGGAGAAGAAGGAUAUGUUCGUUGCCAGUACUUUUUUUAUUGGUCGAUUCAUAGUUAAACAGAAGGACAGCGAACAGUUCAGGGCUGUCUCCGUCGCGGUCUUUGAUGACUUUUGCAAGAAUUUGGGUGGAAUACCUGAUCCGGAGGUCCGGCUCUGGCAUCAUGCUAUGCAAUUAUACCAUCCUUCACAUCCUGAUGCUCGGCCUAUCCUCAGACAUGCACAGGACCAUCACGAUCAUGAAACUUCCCCUUUCUUCGGAGCCAGAAAAGAUGAUACGAUUCAAGUUUACCUGGAUGCAAUGCGCUUCUUGAUAGAACAGAAAAAGCACAAGGACGCCUUACGACUCUCCACAUAUAUUGAAAAACUCUUAUCCGAUCAGCAAGCUACCGAUGUCAAAUUUCACGAUCACUCACCCGAGCUAAGCGAGCUCAUGGUGCGGGCAAAUCUAGCUCUUGGCUGA